CAGUGGCACGGCGCUCGCUGCUCCACAUUGUUCCGCUGAAGCUCACUCCCUUUCACUCGGACCACUCCGAGUCAGAGCAGGAGGCACUGGGGAAGAGAGGUUUAGCAGGUGGAGCUCUCCAAGCGCUUCCGUCCUUCCCCAGGACAUUGAGCCAGCUCACCACAGUGACAACCAGGAGGCUUGUCACUCUCCGAACACCUCCAGAACAUCCUCUAUUGAAUCACCUUCCUGUCGGGUUUGCGUUCUUCCUCGGAUUGCCUGGAAUUGCUGGGUUACGCAGAGCCAUGGGGCCAGGGGUGAGGGGGGCAUUGAACAUCUGCACGUGGAGACGCGCCGUGCUGUGUCUGAGGAGACUGCUCUUACUGUUCUGUGGAGUCCACGCUGUCCACGCUCAAACCUCAGGAGACAGCAAGUCAGUAUACUUCUGGGAGACAGGGCCGUGGGGGAGGUGCAUGGGCAGCGAGUGUGGCCUGGGUGGCAGUCAGAGCCGGGCAGUAUGGUGCGCCCAUGUGGAGGGCUGGACCACGCUGCCUACCAACUGCCUCCAGGGAGUGCGUCCCGCCAACCAGCAGAGCUGUUUCCGUGUGUGUGACUGGCACCGUGAGCUGUAUGACUGGCAAGUGGGCACCUGGGGUCGGUGCAUGCCCGUGGCUCCACGCUCGGCCGGCGAGCACCCGGUCACCUGCUCGCAGGCCGAGGAGGGAAUCCAGACACGGGAGGUUAGGUGUGCUCUGAGGUCCGACGGCUCCCUCGCCACCGACACCAUCUGCGAGUAUUUUGAGCCACGGCCGCUCCUGGAGCAGGCCUGUCUGAUCCCAUGCCCGCGUGACUGUGUGGUGUCGUACUUCAGUCCCUGGACUGCCUGCUCCAAGACGUGCGGCCUGGGCCUUCAGAACCGCGCGCGAUCCGUGCUGACGCCGCCGCAGUUUGGCGGCCUGCCAUGCCCCAACCUCACCGAGUUCCGCACGUGUGCACCGCGGACCUGCGACAGCAAGGAGGCAGCAUUCAGCCUGCGCGUGGGCGCCUGGGGAGUGUGCACCCUGGCCCCCACGCCCUCCCCUACCUCCAGCCAGCCCGCAAGCCGUGCUGCCCGCCAGGCCCGCCGCCGGAAGGGCAAGGGCCAUGAUACUGCUCGGGACCCAGAGACACGCGAGCUGAUCAAGAGCAAGAGGAACCGCAACCGGCUGAACCGCCCGGACAGCGACCUGUGGAAUGUGGAGGUGGGCUUCCAGCAGCGGCAGGUGGCCUGUGUGCACCGCAACGGCAGCACUGUGAUGCUCAGCCACUGCCCCCACUGGAGUCUCCCAGAUCUGCACCAGUCCUGCCUUGUACCCAAGGCUUGCGUGUUGAGUGAGUGGGCUGAGUGGGGUCCCUGCUCGAAGACAUGCACUGACCCCAGCACUCCAAAGGGUACCCGUAGCCGCAGCAGGCAGCUUCGCCAGCUCCCUGUGGGUGGACGCGCAGAGUGCCCCCUACUGGAGGAGAGACAGCCCUGCGAGCCCCUGGGAGACAGUGUUCCACCCUGUGCCACUUAUGCCUGGAGGACCACAGAGUGGGGUGAGUGUCGCGUGGAUGUGUUGCUCAGCCAGCAGGACCGGCGUCGUGGAAACCAGACCGGCUUGUGUGGGGGUGGCUUGCAAGUGAGGGAGGUGUACUGUGUCCAGGCAAAUGAGGAACUGCUCUCCGACCUGAGCAGCAACCAAGACAAGUCAGCAUGGCAGCCUGUGGACAGACAGCUGUGUGCAGGGCCAGUACUGAGUACCAGCCAGCUGUGUCGUCUCUCAUGUCCUAUCGAGUGUGAGGUCUCUCCCUGGGGGGCCUGGGGCCCCUGCACCUUUGAAAACUGCGAUGACCAAACAGUAAAGAAAGGAUUCAAAUUUCGACGGCGGAAGAUCACAAACUACCCGACAGGCGGAGAGGGAAGCUGUCCUCACCUGGUGGAGGCUGUUCCGUGUGACGAGCCCAGCUGCUUUAACUGGAGACUACUUAGACUGGAGGAGUGUGUCCCCAAUGGCGACAUGUACUGUGGGCCAGGGACCCAGCUCCCACAGGUCCUCUGCGUCAACAACCAUGGUAAGGAGGUGAGCAGAGAGCUGUGUAAUGAGGAUGACAUCCCUGUUGCUGUGCCCUGUGUGGUCCCCUGCCCUAAAGAUUGCGUCCUCAGCCCCUGGACAGCGUGGUCCACCUGUUCUCAGACCUGCUCAAGCAAAACAACAGAGGGCAAGCAGAUGAGAACUAGGGCCAUCCUGGCCUACAAUGCCAGAGAAGGAGGUGCCAACUGUCCGAAUGCCAGCACCCUGCAGGAGGUGAGGGGCUGUAACGAGCAUGCCUGUGUGGUGUACCACUGGCAGACAGGCCCAUGGGGGCCAUGCACAGAGGACCCCUCACUGACCACACUCAACUCCACUACCAUCGGCCCUCGGGCUGCCCCUUCUGGCCUGGAUAAACUAUCCUGCCCAACGGGUAUGCAGACCCGCAAGGUCAUCUGCGUCAAAGUCAAUGUGGGCCAAGUCCCCCCCAAAAAAUGCCCAGAAGCUCCUCGUCCACCAUCUGUGAGGCCAUGCGUAUUGCCCUGUAAGAAGGACUGUAUAGUCACACCAUUCAGUGAGUGGUCUGCCUGUCCUGUGUCCUGUGAACCAGGGGAUGGUGGCCGGAAGAGCAUGCAGUCACGUUUCCGCAUUGUCAUCCAGAGACCAGCCUACGGUGGGUUGGACUGUCCAGAGGUGCUAUAUGAAGAGAGAGAGUGUGAGAGUCUGCCUCUAAGCUCACUCUGCCCUGGUUACAGGUGGAAGACCCACAAGUGGCGCCGGUGUCAGAUGGUGCCAUGGAGCAUUCGGCGGGAAAACAAAGGGGCUCAGGAGACGUGCGGGGUGGGGCUACAGACCAGAGCGGUGUCUUGUCGGCAAUUGGACAGCUCUAUAGCAGACGUAGACCAGUGUCUGAAGUUCGCCGGCUCCAUGCCUGCUGUAAGCCAGCAGUGCCAGCUUCCAUGCCGAGAUGACUGCCAGCUCACCAUCUGGUCCAAGUUCUCGUCUUGCACAGCUGACUGUGUGGGGGUGCGCACGCGAAGGAGAGCUCUUGUGGGGAGGAGCAAGAGGAAGGAUAAGUGCAAGAACGGACAGGUGUAUCCGCUGAGCGAGACACAGUACUGCCCGUGUGACAAGUACAACGCCCAGCCUGUGGGCAACUGGUCCGACUGCAUCCUGCCUGAGGGGCGGCUGGAGGGCCCGGCAGGUGCCGCGGGCCUGCCGGGUGUGCGUGUGCAUGAAGGCAGCAGGGAGUGCGGCCAGGGCUACCGCUACCAGGCCGUGGUGUGCUACGACCAGGGGAGCAGGCUGGUGGAGACUUCGCGCUGCAACAGCCACGGGUAUAUUGAGGAGGCAUGCGUUAUCCCGUGCCCGUCAGACUGCAAGCUCAGUGAGUGGUCCAACUGGUCACGGUGCAGCAAGUCUUGUGGCAGUGGGGUCAAAGUUCGCUCCAAGUGGCUGCGGGAGAAGCCGUACAAUGGCGGGAGACCCUGCCCCAAACUGGACCACAUCAGUCAGGCUCAGGUGUAUGAGGUGGUGCCGUGCGUGAGUGACUGCAGCCAGUAUAUGUGGGUGGCAGAGCCGUGGAGCGCCUGGAAGGUCAGCAACAUGGACCUGAAGGAGAACUGCGGCGAUGGAGUGCAGACCAGGAGGGUCAGGUGUAUGCUGAACACGGCGGACGGCCCCACGGACACCGUGGAGGAUUACCUGUGUGACCCAGAGGAAAUGCCCCCAGGGACCCGCGAGAGCAGGCUGCCUUGCCCAGAGGACUGUGUGCUGUCUGACUGGAGUCCCUGGACUCCCUGUGAGCUGCCCUGCAGUGGCCGUGCAGAGCGGCAGAGGACGGCCUACACCCUGCGGCUGCCCAAGGAGGGCAGGGACUGCCCCAGGAGCACAGAGGCAGAGCCCUGCGUGCUGAACAGGAACUGCCACCACUACAGCUACAACAUCACAGACUGGAGCACGUGCCAGUUAAGCGCUAACGCUGUGUGUGGUAAUGGUCUGAAGACCCGCAUGCUGGACUGUGUGAGAAGUGACGGAAAAUCUGUGGAUCUCAAGUUCUGCAAGGAGCUGGGCCUAGAAAGGACAUGGCGGAUGAACACCUCGUGUGCAGUGGAGUGCCCUGUCAACUGCCAGCUCUCAGAGUGGUCACCCUGGACGGAGUGCUCGCAGUCUUGCGGCCUGGAAGGGAAGAUGUUCCGGAGGCGGACUGUGUUGCAAGCGUCCCAGGGUGACGGCAGGCCGUGUCCCCGUCAGCUGGAGCAGUGGAAGCCAUGUCCUGUACGACCAUGUUACCGCUGGCAGUACAGUCCAUGGUCGGAGUGCCGCGUAGAGGAUGUGGUAUGUGGUGAGGGACGCCGCUUCCGGAACCUGUCCUGCUUCGUGUCGGACGGCUCCAGCGAUGAGCAAGGCAGCCGUGUGGACGAGGAGCUGUGUGCCUCUCUCGAGCAGGCUGUGGAUGGAGACCAAACCAUCAUCCUGGAGGAGGCUUGUACCUUACCAUGUCCAGGAGACUGCUAUCUGAUGGAGUGGUCUGAUUGGAGCGUGUGCCAGGGCGUGUGCGUGAGGGGCCAGCACUUGGACGUGGGUGCUGUGCAGGUGCGCUCCCGUGCUGCCGUUGCCCAGGAGCCCGAAAACAUCGGCCAGUGUCCCGAGCAGGAGUGGCAGUCUCGUCCCUGCGCCAACGGCGAGUGUUUCAAGUAUAGGUGGGUGAUCACCCCGGGUCUGAUCUGGUGUGAGCGCUCAGAUGGAACGAAUGUCACAGGUGGCUGCCCUCCCACGAGUCCACCUGGGGUGGAGCAGUCCUGUGACCCACCUUGUGACAAGCCGCGUUCAUUCUGCUCUGAGGAUGGCCUAUGUAUGUGCGAGGAAGGCUACACGGAGGUGCUGUCUGCCGAGGGCCAGUUGGAGCAGUGCACUCAGAUCCCCGUGUUGGAGAUCCCCACGGCUGGUGGCAACGGUGCUGACGUGAAGACGAGCCAGGCGGUUGAUUCCUCCACCGGUACCACUGAGGAGCCCGGCCGGCCGGGCCGAACCUGGUACCUUCAGCCCUUCGGACCUGAUGGCAAACUGAAGACCUGGGUGUACGGAGUGGCCGCCGGUGGGUUUGUGCUCCUGGUCUUUCUAGUGUCCAUGACCUACCUAGCGUGCAAAAAGCCAAAGAAACCCCAGCGAAGACAGAAUAAUAACAGCAGACUAAAGCCCCUCACACUGGCCUACGACGGCGAUGCUGACAUGUAGACCUGCGUGGGCAACCACACACACACACACACACACACACACACACAUACAUAUAC